AUGGCUGUUUCAUCAGCGGAGUCUGUAACCGACCUAAAGCCCGCAUCUCUGGCCGAGGCCAUGGAAGGGAUGUCCAUUUCAUGGACAACGCUGGCACACCUUCCAGCUGCCUUGGUCAGGAUUGCGCAAUGUCCGAUUGUGCGCCGGCCAGGGCCAGCCCAACAUGGGUGGUCUGCGGUAGGCAAUGUGAAGGAAGUGGUCCUUGCGCGCCGCUUUGUGUACGCAGCAUUAGAAGGAUGCUAUCCAGGUGGCCCAGGUUGGCAGCACCUCGAGGCUCUGGUUGCACGCGUCGAGACCAUGGCAUCUGGAGAAACAGAUGAGGUACUUCAAGUCGGCGAUGCAGCCUGCAGGAAUGACGCAUCGCCUGGAGAUACUGUCAGUCAGUGGGAUAGAGGACUCGGCGUGCUCCGUAACCUGUGCAUUGAGUUGAACGACUACUUCCUGUUGGCUUCGCCUUACCUGCCAUACUGGGAGCAACGCGGGCGGGAGCUCGAAGAGGAGACUUGGAUGCACAGUCCACCCCUUCUUUGCCCGAUGUGCAAAGGAGCCAUUUGA